AUGGAGUGUAUAAAGUGUGGACGAAAAAGUAUCAAGUACCGUUGUAUCGGAUGUAAAUCCCCGAUUUGCAAUGUAUGCUCAGUGUCUUGUUCUGAUGAAACGCCUGGUUAUUGCGAGGAAACGUAUCUUGUUGGAAAAUGCGAGGAGUGUCAUGGAAGCAAUUGUCGACGUAAAGUCUCUGAAACUUUGACCUUGUCAAAACCUAGACAAUCCAGUCUAUCUUCUUUCCUAAAAAGGAAAACCAUUAGACCUUCUACGCUAGUGGAAAGACCUAAAAAGUCUAAGCAUCAGGAUGAUAAUUCAGAUUCAAUCACAUCUGCCACUUCGACUGAAAAAUCACCUGAAACACCCACUGCGACAGCUCCCUCUGCAAAGAAGUCAAGAAAUUUAUCUGUAGUUGCUGCAAAUCGUUGGGUAACUACAAAUUUGGCUGCACACCUAGCAAGUGAGUCGCUGGUGAUCAAUGCCAAUGGAGGUCAUGUAGCCAGUUUAAACUGUUCCGUGUGUAAAACUUACGCAGACAAGGUGAGAGGAAUGAAAAACUUUUCUAACGCUUGGGCAUUUCACGGUUCCACCAACCUUCGCCUUAGCAAUGCCGAGGAUCAUGCUAGAGGGGAACCACACAAGAAGGCGUUGGACUUGCACCUGAAGGGAGAAAAAGGUCAGUGUGCCAUGGAAAGAGCAGAGUGCAUGAGGACUUUUAAUCAAGCUGGGCAGCAACUUAUCACAACUGGCAUCGUUAACAUGCAAGCAAGUGACCUUGCAAACACUAAAAUUAAAUUUGAUGUGGCAUACUUUAUUGCGAAAGAAGAAUUACCUUUGUCAAAAUUCCCCAAACUGUUGCAACUUGAAGAAAGGCAUGGAGUCACUAUUGGAACAGCAUAUCGCAAUGACAUGAGCUGCAGCACUUUUAUCGCCCACAUUGGAGAAGAAAUGGAAAGGAAUUUGAGGGAGCAGCUGUCCAGUGUAAAAUUUUUCAGUGUCCUGACGGAUGGUUCCGAAGAUGCUUCUGUAUCGGAAAUGGAAGCGGUCUUUGUGCAGUACUUAGAAACAAAUCCACCUGGACGUGACACAAUUCAAGUAGCUACUUCAUUUUUGAGGUGAGCAAAGAAAUCAGACCGUGCACUUUCACCAUACUAUAGUCCUCAGUCUUUUCAUUAGUUAAAGUAUACCUGUUUUCACUAAAUUUUUACAUUAACACGAGCUAUUGUGGAAAAUGUUUAAAAUUUAGCUAACAGAUUUUGCAUCAACAAAGUGCUACACAGGAUAUUUAUGUAUCUAAGUAUUUAUUUAUCUAUUUAUAUUUACCCUGACAGGCUUGUCGACUUGAAACAUGGUAAUGCUGCAGGAAUUGUUGGUGCCAUAGGAAGUAGCUUUCAAUGCAUCGGCAUCACAGGGGAGACUUUUGAAAAGUUAAUUGGUUUUGCUGCCGACGGAGCCACUGUAAACCGAGGAGAAAAAGAAGGGGUUAUAGGCAUUCUUCAUAGUAAUCUUCCCUGGGUGAUUUACAGCUGGUGCGUGGCCCAUCGACUAGAACUCUCUGUCAAAGAUGCUCUACAGGGUACCAUCUUUGACGACGUAGACGAAGUGCUGUUACGCCUCUAUUACCUCUAUGAAAAUUCUCCAAAAAAGCUUCGACAACUACGUGAUCUUCACCGCAUUUAUGGCGAAGCAUUUGAAUUCGAGGAAGGAGGAAUCCGCCCGAAGCGAGCAUGUGGUAACUUUUUUUGCAUUAAAUAAUUAAGUAAAAGCGUACUAUAUGCUACCAAGACGAUACUUCAAAUUCAGUCACUGAAUAUCUUAUAAUCAAGUUAAUGUAUACUUCACAGUUAAAUGACUUUUGAAAUGAGAUGGAACAUACCAUACAGCUGCAGCCACUCACCUCUUCCCCCACCCGCCUUUAGCAGCUACCGAUAAUGACCGCAAAGCAGGUAUUUUAAUUGCCUUAAAAACAAACCUUGCGUGUAAAAAAGUGCCACGUUAUUUCUUUUUCCUUCAGGAACCCGAUGGAUAACCCACAAGCUCACUGCGUUGCAGCUGCUGGUGGACAAAUUUGGCCUGUAUCUCCAGCAUGUGCAAACUAUGUCUGAGGACAAAUCGUUUAAGGCAGCGGAUCGCCAAAAAUUUAAAGGAUGGCUGAGAAAAUGGCAGCAAGCAAGAGUUCCACUCAUAGCAUGCCUAUUCAUUGAGCUGCUGAGCCCUGCCAAGGCCCUUUCCCUUGCAUUUCAGGAUGAUGAAAUUGACAUCGUCGCUUCCAUUGGACGUAUCGAGACAGCCAAGAGGCAGCUAGAACGCCUAGAGCGGAAGGAUUUUCUGGAUCUUCCCACCGUAAAUCGUUUCCUAGGAAAGGUUCAAGAACUUGAAGGUGAAUACCAGUAUCAGAAUGUUACCUUGCCCUCCUUUUGA